ACUAUAGAUCUACCACAUAUUGAAAUCACCUGUCAAUAAUAGGCGUCUAUAAUUACACUAUUUACCAAAGGGUCCGCAUAUAACCAUGGAUGAAAUACUUGCCAAGGCGGGGAGCCAAGCAGUUACAUUUGCCAUUAGAUCAGGAAUCUCUUUUGCGUCUGGUUACGCAAUUAAAACUGUAGUUCGAUUUAUGGAGAAGCUCCCAAAAGAUCAACGAGAAUUAAUUGACUCAUUAAAUAAGGAGGUUCAAACCAAAGUUUCAAUUGUAUCAAGCUCUAUUGAUUUGGUUCGCCUUGCUGCUGCUAGAGGUAAUACCAUUUUAGAACCAACAUUGGACCUUGCCAAGUCUCUUGAACGAGAAAUCGAACAAUUUGAACAGAAAAUCUCAUCUGUUUCUCAUGGGUUCAGUCUGUCCAAUGAACGCCAAUCUGUUGAUCUGGUGGUAUUAUCGAUGAAUAAGUUGGUGAAAAGCAUAGAGCAAACAGUGCCUUUACUCCAUCUAGCAAUAUCGACUUCUGGAAUUCAAGCCACGGGAAAUCUCCCCUCGCAAGUUUCUCCUGGAAGAUUGUUACAAGCUUCCACAGCCAUUACUGAAGCUGAAUCAAGAUAUGUUUUAGCUACCAAGAAAUCCUCACCACGAGAACCAGUUGGUCCCAUUUUCGACGUGGUGUUAUAUUCAAUCUUUUAUAACCCUAGUCGAUUGAAAUAUGUAGAUGAUACCCUGACAUCGGCACUUAGCUGGAAGGAAGAUUUUGCAAGAGCAAACGUUCAAAUAUAUAUUACAUCAUCAUUUUCUUACGAAAUUGAAAUCACUGAGGAUUUUAAUGAUAAUCGUUACCAUGAAGAAAAAUCCAAACCAAGGAAAUUUGUUUACGCCAUCCUGGACAUUGCAAGACUCUUUUUCAGUGCAUCAGGGAAAUUACUCAAACUUGAAGGUAAGAGUUCCCCAGUUCUCAUUCUCAAGAUAUCAAAAGAUGAAGAAAGUUGGAUUGCAUUUGGAGAACCUGAUCUGUUUGACAGUGACAGCGAAAGUGAUGAAGAAGAAGAUGGUGAUGAUGAAGAAGAAGAUAGUUUCCAUGAUACUUCACAAGGUCCAAAGGAAACUUCAUUGUCUCUAUUGGAAUAUAUAAUACGGUUAUUAUCACUCCAAAUGAACGAUAAGAAAUCUAUACUUAAAACUACAGAUGAAAGAUUGGCGUUGUAUCUUCGAGAUGAGAACUAUGUAUUGAAUACUUCAUACAAAAAGGGUUUACAAGAAAAGAAGAAUAACGAGAGUCUUACCCUUGAUUCGAAUCUUAAACGGUUGGAAACCUUGAAAAUAAAUGGUAAAGAUUAGUCUACAAGCAGUCGAGUGUUUCAUAUGCUAGCAUUGUUUUUAUUUUAUAUACUGACGAAAUGAAUUAUAAAUAGUAAUCGUUAUAAAUAAAUGCU